UUUCGCCUUCCCACUAAUGAUAACACCAGCUCCACUGCCGUUGCCAAUGCUAAAGUCUCUGCCCAAGAAGCUGAAGUAUGGACACUCUGUAGGAUUUUCAAAAGAAAUGUGUCAUACAGAAAAUACACUCCAGAUUGGAGGCAAUUAUCAACUAAACGUCAACAACCACCAAUUGACACAAGCUCCAAGAUAUGCAGUCAAGUGGAGUCUAAUUACACUCAAGAAAGCUACAUGAGUUUUGGUGCUCCACUCAUUCAACAUUACGAUAUUAAGCCUCCAGUUAAUCAUGUCAACGAAGGGAAACCACUGCAUGUAGACCAGCUGAGCUACACAGCUCAGCCACCAUCUAUGGCUUCAUCCUCAAACAUUUCCAGCCCAUAUGGCAAUGAGAUUUUUACGAAUGGGGACUGGGAUGAGCUUAGAUCAGUUGUAGAUUGUGCUUUUGAUCCCUUUCUCAUGUGA